AUGGCUAGCGAGCAACAGCAGCAGAUGCCGACCGACUCUGCACCUGGAGCAAUGACUGGCUCUCUUCUGCACCAUGGAGGUGUCUCCAGUGGUAGCAACAGCGGCAGCAGCCACGGACAGGGAUUCGCGCCGCUGGCCUUUGACGAGAGUCUCGUGACUGCAAUGACGACAGGAUCGACUGACGCGGUGACAGCCACGAACACCAAAUCAGCAGCCGAUUUCUUUCUGGAUCAGAUUUCGGCUGUGGUGUCGGACGAGAAGAAGCUCUCGGAUAAUAUCAUGGACCUGAUCCCGCCUGUAGAAGCACCGGUAAGUCAGGCAUCAGGUACAAGGUUAGAGGGCUCAAACACAGGUGUGACGUCCUCGAUCAACGUUCCAUUGCAGCCACCACCUGGGCUGAUGAUGCGUGCGUUGUCGCCACCGACGUCGCUCUUGCCGGAUUUUGGCGAUGUGACGUCUUUGUCACUGCUUGGAGAUGGCAUGGUGACAGGGACGGCGACAGGCUUGGGUGCGUUUGCUCCACCAACGACGACGACAGUAACAGCAGCGUUGAAACGAGAGCUUCCGGUUGUACGGCCGGUAGUCUCAGGUACAACUACAGCUAUGACGAGACAAAUAGACCUCAUGAAUGCAGUGCACAAGAAACAAAAAACAGAGAACCUGCAGUCUGAUGCUGUUGCGAAAGGUGCAGUAUCUGCACCGCCCGCAGUCGGUAACCAGGUUCAGCAGCUGCAGCAAGCUAGACACCAUCACCAUAAUAACGGCAAUGAGUUGGGUGUGUCUGUCGCUGCUGGAGUAGCACGCGAGAAAGUCAUGAAAGAGCCACAGUCUGGCGAUCUCUACGAGUGUGUGAUUACUAAACGUAAUGGGGGACUUGGACUCACACUAGCAUGCGUGGAUGACCACGUCCAAAUUACAGGACUUGCUCCAGAUACACCUGCUGCCAGCAGCGGUAUCUGUGUUGGUGACACUUUGGUAGCUGUUUCGGGGCUACCCGUGCGCGGGCUGCAAUUUUCGACAGUAAUCGGCCGCCUUAAAUCUACGUCGCGCAAUUCGGUUGUUCUCAAACUUCGCCGAAAUCCAUUUCGGCAAAAUGCCGGUGGCUCGGCAUCAUAUCGUGGAAUGAAACGCCCAAAUCGAGGGGUCAUCAGGGGACCCGAUAGCAGUAACAGUGCCAAUGUUCUCUCAAGCAAGACGAUGGCGCUGGAGACACGAAUAGGCGGUGGUCAAGGCAAUGGUCUGAAUGGUUCCCCUGGAAGUUCGGGCGGCGUGUUUAACAGCGGGACCACUAGUGCUGGCCUAGAUGACCUGCACCGCUCCCAUCACCAAGGACUUACUGGCUUUGCAAAUCAUACCGCAGGUACUCGCCAUGCGCAGCAUCAGCAGCUCAAGUCGGAGCCUAUGAACUCGACGUAUUUCCCCACCGAUGCUUCCGUUCUAACAAUGGGAGCGACAGCUAGUAAUGGCUCAAGCGCUAUGUCACCCAGUGCAGUUGCGCCAUCUUCAGUUCUCAGCGAUUCGCAGGCUGGGCGUAGGGUCAGUGUUGAGGAGAAGGAUCGCUACUACGCUGAGUGCCGGUCUCUUCGACACGAACUGGGCAGAGUUAUGGUUGCACAACGAUGUCAAAAGCGCGAUACGGGUAUCUAUACUUCUCAGUUACAGGCGGUCGUGGACAAGUUUAAAGAGCAAGUACGGUCGCUGGGAUUGACGUCGUCCGCUGCAGUAUCAACCAAUUCAUCACCUACUGAACCAUCCAAUACUGUUGAAGAAGUUACCGCUUUACGUCUUAAGCUGGUGGAAGCAAAUCAGGCCUUAGCUAAAAGACACGCUGAAAUACUGAUGCUUCAAGAUCGGGAAGCACGACAUGCACUUCCGGAAUCCCAGCGGUUACGGUCGCAAGUUGUGAUGAACAUGCGAAAAAGUGUGCUACAAAUUGACUGUAAAGCAGCUUCUAAGUUGUCUUCCACACCGUCCGUGAAGACGGUUGGCGUAUCUGCCGAACCGAUAUUGAGUUUUGAGGAGCGAUUUGAAGGUGUCCGGCCCAGUGCUUUUGCGCUACUGGUUGGACAGAGCGAAGUAACGCCUGCUUUACCUAUUGUUGAGCUUGAGCUUGAUGUGAAGACUUGCACGGAGUUUUUAGGCUGGAAUUUGCGCGAAGUGGUGAUCCAAGCAGCGGGAACAUACACUGUGAGUGUGGCUGACAGUGUUCACGUGAGGUAUUUGCGAACUGAAGAGGCUCUGGUCGUCGCGUGGACGCUGUGCGUAAAAGACCAUUGUAGUAGUCGGAAAUAG